CACGCUCACGCAAUGUCUCUCUGUCUCAAUAAAUAAACAUUUUUUUAAUUUAAUAAAAAAUAAUAAUUAAAAAAAAAAGAAGAUUGGUCCAAGAAAUGAAUCAGGAAGUCCAGGAGCUGACCUGAACACACACACACACACACACACACACACACACACACACACACACGAAUCAGGCAUGAAUGUCUCUGUAACCUUUGAGAUAUAGGAUGCAUCAGACUUCUUUGUUUUCUGAAUCAUAUUAACUCUGCUUCCUGGUGUCCACUCUCUGGGGCUGUGGGUCCCAUAGUGAUCACUUUGUGUGGCUUUCCUUCCCUCGUUGAGCUUGUGCCAAAGUCCCGGGGCUGACCCAGGUUAGAAAAAUGGCAGUGGGUGGAGGUGGUGUCUCUGGCCUUGGAUCUGCCCCGGUCCUCCUUGUCGCUAUCAUCAUUUCUGCCACAUAGUGACACACGGCUGGGAGCUGCUUCCCCUGGUGAUAUCCAGUUGUGCCCGAGUGGGGGCCGACCAUCAGCUCACCGACCAACAUCAGAGAGCAUCCCCCAGCCUGGCUGAGCCUGUCACCUGCAGCAGCCCCAUGAUGAAUCUUGCAGGACUGGGGAGAACCCCUGGAGGCCGAAAGGGGCUUGUUAUGAAAAACAAAAACACUAUUUUCAUCUUUACUACUGUGGAGCACUUUGAGGGAACAAAGAUACCCCUUUAGGGGCCUCAUGCCGGGUACCGGACCACAGUAUAUCUCACGGCAGACACAGGUAAGUGAUCCUGGACACACAGCAAACCGAGGACAGCGGGGGUCCUGGGGGUGGGGGCAGGAGACAGAGGGACGCAGGCACAAAGAGGGAAAAUACAAAAGUAAACUCAGGGCCUUGUGCAGAGCAGUAAUCAGCGUGGGCCACGAACUGAGACGGGAAACAUCAGUGUUCCCGCCGGCCCCCAAUGCCACACAGAUCCACAGGGAGAGAGUCCUGAGUAUGACCAACCUGGGGCCGAUCUCCAGCUCGAGAGGCCACUGCAGGAAGGUUGGGCUCUGUUUUCUCGUCUGUGUAAUGAGAUUAGUCAUAAUGCCUGCCCUACUCACUUCUAGAGGAGCUGAGGAGAUGAGUCGAUGAGCAGGAACGUGUCUUCAGAAAGAAGCGAGCUCUCCACCUGUUGUGAUGUUCGCUCUCAACGCCUUUCAAAGGUAGAGGAGAAAAAAAAGCGCAUCAGCUACGUGCCCCAGCUCUCCAGCCCCACCCUGGCAGGGACACUCACCCAGUCUACCUUCACGCUGGAGCAGCCAAGGGGCCAGUUCAGUCGCCUCAACAUCUCCGACUUGGACACCAUCUGGCUGGUGGUGGCCCACAGCAACGCCACCCAGAACUUCGCUGCCCCACAGAGGGUGGAGGACAUCCCAGUCCCGGCUGACUUCAGCCAGAGGGGCUACUAUCUCACGCUGAUGGCCAACCGGUUGCUCUACCCGGGCAACCAGCCUGGCAACCAGCUCCGGGUCCUACGAGUUGGCAAUGAUACCCGCUGCUCCCCUAAGACGAGAGGCUGUAACCACCCCCUGCCGGGCCCGGGCCCCUAUCGAGUGAAGUUCCUGGUGAUGAGUGACAGGGGACCUGUGGCUGAGACAGAAUGGUCCAGCGAGACCCACCUGCAGGAAGCCAAGGCACUACAGGCUGUCCCAGGACCCCAAAGCGCGGGCACCGUGGUCAUCAUUGCCAUUUUGUCGGUCUUGCUGGCUGUCCUUUUCACUGCCCUCCUUGCUCUGCUUAUCUACACCUGUCAUGACACCCGCAGGAGCGCUCCCAUUUCGGGCCCAGAGCAGUCGACUUGUGUGAGAAGAUACAACACCCACCACGUGACUGACCCCCCAGCCGUGGGGGCCUCAUGAGGGGUCCGCACCUGCCCCUCGGCCUCCUCCCUGGUUCAGGCUGCAGAUCCCGGGCUGGGAGCAUGCCCGGAAGCUUCUGGAGCCCUGGAAGAGAGUGUUUCCAAGUGAGGGUGAGGGGAGAGUGUCCUUAGCCCAAAAUUAGGCCUGUCCCUGUCAGAAAUAAAUGUCCCCAGCAGCCCUGCA